AUGUAAUAUAUAUAUAAUAUUAUUUUUUAUUUAAUAUUAAUAAAUAAAAACAAUAAGAAUCAAAAAGAAUUUGUUAAUUAAAAAUACGAAGAAUAUGAAAAAGAUCUACCUUAAGAGAAAAAAGCCUUAUAAGGAUGGGGAUAAUGGACUGGAUUAGGUGUAGUUUAAGUUUAAUAGCCAAGUGCAGAAUAAUUAGCUAAAUAAAAAUAGGCUAAAAUAUAAUUAUUAAAAAAACAAAGAAUUGAUGGAAAUAAUGAUAAUGUUAUUAUUAAUGAAAAAAGAAAUAAAUUAUUCAAUUAACAUUUGGUUAAAGAACUUCCACAUCCAUAUAAAAAUAAAGAAUAAUUUGAAUAUUUAAAUAAUUAACCUUUAGGUUCUGAAUGGAAUACAAUGAAAAGUCAUAUUAAUUUAACUAAACCUAAAAUAAAAACCUAACCAGGAUAUAUAAUUUAACCUUCUAAUUUACCGAAGUCAUAUUAGGCUUGA